AUGUGUCAAGCACAUGGUACAGAGUGUGUUUUCCCUCGCCCCAACGAUGGAUAUCAGCAUCGAACCCUUGUUUCACCGCGGAGAUCUUCAGCCAAUGCGAAACAACGAUGCACACAGCGGGCCAUUGAGCAUACACGAUCUUAUCCUAGACCACAAUUCAUAUCACGACCUGUGGAGCUGAACAUUAUCUCCACUGGGUCGGGCCCGGAGAUAUCACCUGCCUCGGGAGAUCACCUGAGAGCUGAAGGCUUGCCCGAUCUUGCGGGCAUUAUUGCAGAGGCUGAAGACGAUAGCUCUCAUAUUGUUAGCCCUGCAGUUGCAGAUGAUAAUGAGAUAUUGGAGAGUUACUUAUCUGCCGUCCCCGCUACUCGGAGAGGUCCAGUACGCACAGGCUCGUCAUCGAAUCGACCGCUGAGACCUGUACGAUUCAAUAUUGUGCCGAGAAGACCAUUGGGCGUUACUGGUGGUCAAUCUCUUGCGGCAUCAAAGUGUGAAAUCAUUGAGAGAUAUAUGGAUCCCCAUAUUGAUGAGUAUCUCAACUUGUUCUUUGAGAAGGCCAAUACAUGCUUUCCAAUUUUUGAUGAGGCUUUAUUUAGAAGUGCUUACUUCUCCCAUAAAGGCAAAAUGUCACAUUCUUUACUAUGUAACCUGUAUGCCAACUCCCUGGUAUAUUGGAAAAGCUCCCCCAAGCUAUGUUCUGGCCGCGUUCCUGAUAUCCGGUUUAUAUGGAACCAAGCGAAUGAAGCACUGCACUCUGAACUCUUCUUAUCUCCUGGCAUCUCAACAGUGAUGUCCAUCAUUCUCAAUGUGUGUGGUAGACCAAGCACGUCAAUGUUUGGAAAUGGCGGGAUGGUCGGGACUUCAGUCGCUUUGUCCAAUGCACUUGGUUUAAAUCGUGAUCCGUCAGGCUGGGAUAUAUCGCCACUGGAGAGAAGUCUCCGGAUCAGAAUAUGGUGGCUUGUUGUCAUUCAUGACCGCUGGUGUAGUUUGGCUUACGGGACACCUCUGCACAUUCACCGAGAACAGUACGACGUGCCUUUCCCAUCAAUAGAUGAUAUGUGUUCUACUGGAGGCUCUCUGUGUCAAAGGACAGCGGCUUCGAUUUUCAUCGCCCUCACAGGAUUAACAGAUGUUCUUUCUCGCUUCUUGGAGCAUGUUUACAGUGUCUCGAAGGAAUCAAGGCAGUCAGAAAUGUCUGCAAUACAAUUGGAGAACCUUCUCAAUGAGUGGGAGGAAUCUCUGAAUGGAGACGUCCGUCGCCUUGUUCUUCGAGGAACUGACUUACAAGGUCCUGGGGCUGCAAAUCUCCGUCUAGCCUAUUUGGCAGUACGACUACUUUUAAGACGGAUUCAGCUUGAUAUCAACAAGAGUAUUGUACAGCCUGAGGACGACACAAUUUCUCCCUAUUAUAUGAAUGCCCAACGGGCUGCUGAGGAUAUCGCACAUCUAGUGCAAGAGCUGGACGAGACACAACUUCGUGGAUUCUGGAUUCCAGUGCAUGCAUUUUCUAUAAACUCAGCGACUAUGUUUCUGCUUCGAAGCGGUCUUCUGAUGAGGCAUCAAAGUCGCAAUACGCCACUCAAGACUGCAAAUGACAUAAUUAACACACUCCAGUCCCAUCGUCGAAAGUUUGAUUGGGAUCUUGCAGAUAAUUGUCUUGAUAAUUGUACGGAUUUGGUCGAAAAGAUUGCCCUCAGCAACCCGCAAGUGAGUACUGAUCUAUCCCUGUCAGAAUUUCCGGAUCUCUCAGAUGAUUUGGAAAUAAAUACGGGUGUUUUCGAUGACCUUUUUCUCGAGGUACAUGGGUUCUCGGAUGGGUUUGAUUUAUAA